AUGUCAAAAUGGACCCGGGUACCGGUUGCACUGCCGGCACCCGGCACCGCAUCUGGCACCGCCUGGCGGGUACCACGGGUCUUUCAGGCGGGUACCAGCGGUACCUGCCGGGUUUUUUUGGAAAAAUCGCAAUUGGGAUCGGAAGCUAGCUCAAGCUCAAGAGCAACAACACCGAGCGGUCCAAAUAACCCGUCACAAAAAUCUUAUCAGAACCUUUGGCAACACUCCAUGACACUAGAUCUGCCGUUGAAGAGCUCGCUCAUGAACCACCUCUACCAGCCUCAAGCCAUGACCUACCAGCCUCAAGCCAUGACCGACAUCUAG